AUGAGAGGAACACACAGAUUCACCAUGUCCGCCGAGGCAGAGCUCAACGUUGACGCCACAAAUGAAAACAUACUGGUCAGACCAAAGGGAGAGUUUUGCUCUUUGCUGCAACACGCCGGAGCCACUAAAGAUGUUUUCACCAUGAAGGAGGUGAUGUUCUACCUGGGUCAGUACAUCAUGCAAAAGCAGCUGUAUGACCAGAAGCAGCAGCACAUAGUCCACUGCGCCCAGGACGCUCUGGGCCGCGUGCUGGGGGUGGACAGCUUCUCCGUGAAAGAGCCACGAGUUCUGUUUGCAAUGAUCACCAAGAACCUUGUGGCCGUGAAGAACCAAGAUUCAACAUUGAAUUCGAGUGAAUCACACGACAGUUCGACAGACCGAGGGACGGAGGCGGCAGACACAGAGGGUCACUCUUCGUCGCCGGACAGGAGGCGGCGGCGGAGGAGACGACGGAGCUGCAGGAGCAACAGGAGCAGCGACCCAGGGCCCUCCCACAGUGUGGACGAGGAGGAGGCAGACGAGUCCGGGGAGGAAGAGGAGGAAGGAGGCAGGAAGAGGCGGAGGUCUGACAGCUACUCGCUGACGUUCGAUGACAGCCUGUCCUGGUGUGUGAUUGGUGGACUGGGAGUCGGGCGGGACAGCAGCCAGUCGUCGGACUCACACAGCACAUCGGAGAGGUCAGACGUCACAGUUGCAGCUUCAGACUCCGACAGCGACAACUUUAGUGUUGAGUUUGAGGUGGAGUCCAUCGAUUCAGACGAUUAUAACGAAGACGAUGCCUCUCUGUCUGCAGAUGACCAGGUGUACGAGGUGACCAUCUUUGAGGCGGAAGACGAGGACUCCUUCGACGAAGACACGGAGAUCUCCGAAGCUGUGAGUGUCGGACCCUACCAGGGCGCGGAACCCGGAAGCUCGCCCGCGGUCCGGCCUAAGUGUGUGUUCUCACCUCAGGACUACUGGCGGUGUGUGAAGUGCGACGAGCUGAACCCCCCCCUGCCCCGAAACUGCCAGCGCUGCUGGACGCUGCGAGACGAUUGGCUGCCAGAGGCCACCGGCGACCCCCCAGCACCCGGCCCCAAGCCCCUCCCCCUGAAGCCAACCAGCCAAUCAGCUGCCAAAGAAGCUCCAGGUUCUGACGUGGAAGACAAUGAAGGAGUCGACGUUCCGGACGGUAAAAGAGCAAAAACUCUGGACUCUCAGAGUUUGCUGACGAGGGAACGCUUUAAGGCACUCGCUGGUGGCAAAGAGAAGGCAGACAGAAGCACGCAUCAAAGGCCAGCCCAGUCCCACACCCCAGCGGGUCACGUUCCGGGGGGUCGGGUCUGCAAAGGCCUCACGUUUAAACGCGUUCUCGAGAAGUGGAAUCAUAAAGCUGUGGUCGCCCAGUUGUCCGACUCCCGGUCGGAGGCCCCUCCCCUCUGGCUUGACCUCGGCUAA